AUGGGUAAGGGUACUCCUUCAUUCGGUAAACGUCACAACAAGUCCCACACUUUGUGUAACAGAUGUGGUCGUCGUUCCUUCCAUGUUCAAAAGAAGACCUGUGCUUCUUGCGGUUACCCAGCUGCCAAGACCAGAUCUUACAACUGGGGUGCUAAGGCUAAGAGAAGAAAGACCACUGGUACUGGUAGAAUGAGAUACCUAAAGACCGUUUCUAGAAAGUUCAAGAACGGUUUCCAGACUGGUGUCCCAAAGUCUGAAUCUGCUUAA